AUGGACGAUAGCACUGCUUAUCAUGUAAACGAGUCAAGUCUAGACGUUGUCACUCAAUAUACGGACGCGGAUUACGAGAUGUACGUGUGGGAGGUGAUUAAGCCGAAUUUUGUUGAGCUGAUCUUUGUGCCGAUAUUUGCUAUGCUGCUGCUCGUCGGUCUCGUCGGCAACUUUCUCGUCAUCCUGAUCGUCCUGUGUGACAACCACAUGAAGACGGUGACAAACAUGUUCCUGCUGAACCUUGCCUUCGCCGAUUUCUUGUUCCUCCUCUUCUGUUUGCCGUUCACAAUCCUUUGGGAUAUUACGAAGACGUGGUGGUUUGGCACCGCCGUAUGCAAACUCAUUCUCUACACUCAGACCGUGUCCGUCACCGUAUCGAUCAUUACCUUAUCUACAAUUUCUGUGGAACGGUGGUAUGCCAUAUGCCGCCCCCUCAUGUUUAAGCAUUCUUUACUGAGAACGAAACUUCUGCUAGCUUUCACUUGGAUCGUAGGCCUCAUUCUGUCGCUUCCAGAGCUAAUCGUCCUCAAAGUGAAACCGUGGCCAUUUCUGCGACCAAAUUUCUCCACGAUCGUAAGUAUUGAAUUUGUUACGUUUUCAUUAUGCAACACAUUCAAGGUGUUUCAUUAG